AUGAACAACCCAAACAAUCAGCAUCACGAAUCAAUACGCAACUUGAUUGCAGCAAACUUCAAACAACCAAGUCAAUCACCAAAAUCAGAAGCACGUGGCGAAACUGAGUCGCCUAGUCAACAGCAUACGGCAACCCCUUCACCCACAAGACCCUACUCGCCAUUAAACACAAAUCGCAAGAAAUCGCAUUCAAUAAGCAACGCCGAGUUGGCUCAUCAAAGAUCUAAUUCGAAAAAGGUGUCUUUUUCCAACUUGCAUUCGGCAAACUCAUCACCAGUGGAUAAUCAAUCUUCCUCGCCAUCACCGUCGUCAUCAAGUGGAUCAAUAGAUAACUCGGAGAAUGAAAAUAGUGACAACGAAGGGGAGAGACGUGAAUCUGCUCUUCGGGCUAAAUACAAUGCUGGUGAUGUUGUUUUGCGUCGACCUGAUUUCAAGGGUGGUGCAGGGGGCAAACUGAAAUUGAGUAGGAGUGGUUACGAUUACUUGCAACCACAAAACCAUGCUACUUUUAUGACAAGUAUUUCCCCUUCUCCAUCAAGUGUGUCGCCAAGUGUAUCUACAACUUCAUUAAACAAAAGAGUCGGUAGCAGAAACAGGCACAGUUAUGGAGGUGAAAAAUUGGCGUUAACAAAAUCAUUGGACUCGCAACUACUAGAGCCGUCUGAAUCAAACAAUUCGGUCAAUUCAUUCCUACCUGAGUUUAACAACAGACCUUUGACUGAUACGCCAUUUGUGUCGUAUGUGGGAUCACCCAUCACUAGAGAACAGUCCAACUCUGACGAUAAUGGUAACCAAAAUAGUGGUGAAACAGAACAGAUGCAAAAGGCCAGAAAUAUUUCUCAUUUGAAUUUGACGGACUUGGCCGACAAUCAGUCUCUUUCAGAGACAGAAUCCUUGAAGGAAGCAAGAAAUUCUGCCGCUCAUAGGGCAGCCUCAAUGGUGGGCACUCAAUCAGCAACUGUCAAAUAUGCUAUCAGAAGACCUUCGUAUGUACCUGCGGAAUCCGCAGAGGUAAAUGCUCCUCAUUCUCAUCUAACUGAGAAUGAGCCAGAGCCAAAACCAGAGUCAAAAUUAGAACUAGAACCAGUACCAGCACCAGAACCAGCACCAGAAUCAGUACCAAGAACAAAAGCAAAGCCUACUGUGAAGAUUUCCGAAGACAAUGAUAACAACAAGAACCAGCAGGAAAAGUCUGCACCACUGAUGGAUGAUAGAGAAAAAAGACUAUUGGAGAUUGAAAUGGAACAACAGAAACAAAAACAAGCCGACAAAAAGGCAGAAAUUAAUUUAACCAAAGACUUCUCACACUUGUUGAAAGAUGUGCCUCCGCACAUGAAGGAAGAAUUUGAAAAAACUCCUUCAAUUGAACAAUUAAAGAAUUUGCUUUUAACUGCCAAGCCACCAGUCUCAUCAAGAAAAACAUACACUUUAAACAUUCCCGGACAAACAAAGUCAAAGACGUCACCAGAUGGUAAAAUUGCUUCUGUUGAUGUUGGGUCAAAACUUGUUAUUGUUAUGGUUGGGUUACCAGCAAGAGGGAAAUCAUAUAUUACUAAUAAACUCACACGAUAUCUCAACUGGCUUCAACACGAUUGUCGUGUAUUCAACGUUGGUAAUACCAGGCGUAAGAGUAAAUUGAAUGCUGGACCUGAGCAAAAUCCAUUGCCUGAUUCUCAUCCAAAUUCAGAAGCGCAAUCACCGGUCCAAGGAGCUGUUACUGGAGGCAUGAGUGAGGUGAAAAAGGCAAAAACCACUGAGCAUGACGCAUCCUUCUUUAAUCCAAAUAACAAAGCAAGUACUGCCUUGAGAGAGAAAUGGGCCAUGGAUACUUUGGACAUGUUAUUGGACUAUGUAAUCAAUGGAAGUGGCUCGGUCGGUAUAUUUGAUGCAACAAACUCUACCAAGCAUAGAAGAAAAAAAGUACUCAAGAGGAUCCAAGAAAGAAGUAAUGGGGAGUUGAAGGUGUUGUUUUUGGAGAGUAUUUGCAGUGACCCAGCAAUUAUUGAAAGCAAUAUCCGUUUGAAAUUAAGUGGUCCUGAUUACAAAAAUAUGGAUCCAGAGUUGGCUUUGAAAGAUUUCGUUGGUAGACUACAUAACUACGAAAAGGCUUACGAAAGUAUUGACGAAGAAGAGGAGCAAAUUCCCGGUUUCCAAUACGUCAAGAUGAUUGAUGUGGGAAAGAAAGUUGUUAGUUUCAAUAUCCAAGGUUUCCUUUCAUCACAAACGGUGUAUUUCUUGCUCAAUUUCAAUCUUUGUGAACGUCAAAUUUGGCUUACUCGUCAUGGUGAAAGUAGAGACAAUGUCAGCGGUAGAAUUGGUGGAGAUUCGCAUUUAACUAGACGCGGAAAGAAAUUUGCUAAAGCAUUGGCCAAAUUUAUGAAUUUCCAACGUGAAGAGUUUCGCAAACAACAAUUGGAAAGAUUCUCCACUCGUUUGGAACUCAAAUACAAUUCAAUGUUUGAUCCAGAGGAUGUUGCUGCACUCCCCACUGAGCCUAAUUUCUGCGUUUGGACUUCAAUGUUGCAUCGUGCUGUUGAAUCGGGGGUAUAUUUCAAUGAGCAAUUGUAUUCUGUCAAGCAAAUGCGUAUGUUGAAUGAAAUUGGUGCUGGUAAAUGUGAAGGAAUGACAUAUGAAGAAAUUCAAGAUAAGUACCCCAGAGAAUUUGAACUGCGAUUGGAGAAUAAAUUGAGUUAUCGAUACCCUGGUGUUGGAGGAGAAAGUUAUUUGGAUGUAUUGACUCGAUUACGUCCAUUAAUCACUGAAAUCGAACGUACUACUGAUCAUUUACUAAUUAUCAGUCAUCGUGUUGUGCUUCGGAUUCUAAUUGGAUAUUUCCUCAAUUUGCAACCCUCUGAUAUUGUUCAAUUGGAUGUGCCACUUCAUUCAUUGUACAAGUUGGAGACCAACCCUUAUGGAACCAAGUAUGCCUUGUAUACUUAUCGAGAAGAUAUGGAUUGGUUUGUGGAAACCAAGCCGGAAAAUCAAAAGAAUGUUCAACAAAUGGGAUUGGCAUUUAAUGAAAAGAGGUUUUCGAUUGUGCCCACGGUUCCAAAAAAGUCUGUUCCAUGA